AUUUCUGGGUCUAAGUGGAGCAGUUCUGAUCCAAUCCUAGAACACAUUCUACAACGGAGACCCAAUAAAUUAUCUUCUGAUGCUGGCGAUUUUACCGGCGCUCACGACUGUUCUGAUCAUGAGAUUCGUCAUAAUCGAAAAAACAGAGAUCGAGCACAAACAGAUGACUCUGUUUCCAAAACCAAGCUUCAAAAUACAGACUAUUCCGUUGAAUAUCAUCAAAUUCCCGGUGAAGAACAGAGAAAUGAUCAGCUAAUGAUGGUUACAAAUGGAGAAAUGAACGUAAUCAAGGCAAUUGGCACGGUGAAUUUCUGGCUAUUGUUUUCUGCGAUGAUGUGCGGAAUGGGUUCUGGGUUAGCCACCAUAAACAACAUGAACCAACUGGGCCAGUCUUUGGGCUACAAAACAGUCGAAAUCUACACAUUCGUUUCACUGUGGAGCAUUUGGAAUUUCCUUGGGCGGUUGGGAUCCGGCUAUGCCUUUGAUCUUCUCCUCCGGGAAUUAGGCUGGGCGAGGCCAUUGUUAAUGGCCGUCGCCUUGUUGACGAUUAGCGUCGGCCAUAUCAUCAUAGCUUCAGGAUUCUCCGGGAAUUUGUACUUGGGGUCGAUGAUUGUGGGGAUUUGUUACGGCUCGCAAUGGUCGCUAAUGCCGGCAAUUACGGCGGAGAUUUUUGGAAUAAGGCAUAUGGGUACGAUUUACAAUACGAUCACGGUAGCCAGUCCGGUUGGAUCUUAUGUUUUGUCUGUUAGAGUUAUUGGGUAUAUUUACGACAGAGAAGCCUCUGCCGGAGACAACUCCUGCUCCGGCAAACACUGCUUUAUGACGUCUUUUCUGAUCAUGGCAGCGGUGGCAUUCUUGGGUUUUGUUGUUGCUGUUGCUCUGUUCCUUCGGACCAGGAGAUUCUAUCAACUUCUUGUGCAGAGACAGCUCAAGGAUUAGAUGAACUUGAAAGUGU